AUGAAGGCAAUUCGAAUCACGAAAUACAACGAUCCCUACUAUGUGUCAGAGGUGCCAGUUCCUUGGCCCAAGCCUCAUCAAGUCCUGGUCCGUAUCAAGGCUGCGGGGUUUUGUCACACCGACCUGAUGGCUCUGAAUGGCGAGUUCAAUUCCCCUCUUCCAUUUAUUGGUUCUCACGAGCCAGCUGGAAUAUUGGAAGAAAUUGGCGCAGACGUACAUGGCUUCCAAAAAGGUGAUCGUGUUGGCUGCAUUAACUUCGAUAGCGUGUGCGGAAAAUGUCCGGAUUGUGAAGUUGGGCGCCCGAUCUACUGCGAUUCCCCGCUGAUGAAGGGCAUAACUACUGAUGGUGCCUGGGCCGAAUACAUGGUUGCAGAUGCUCGCUUCAUCGUGAAACUUCCAGAAAACAUGGACUUUAAAGUCGCCGCUCCUUUGAUGUGUGCCGGUAUUAGCAUCUACGGAGGAAUUUUGCGUGCUAAAGUCCCCAGAGGGGGAUCUAUUGGUAUUAUCGGAAUCGGAGGACUGGGUCACAUCGGAACUCAACUUGGGAAAUGCAUGGGAUAUAAAGUGGCUGCCGUUGAUGUCAAGCAAUCCGCCCUUGAUGCAGUGGCUUCAUAUAAGCAUAGCCCCGACAUACUGAUUUCAGCUCAUGAUUCUGUGGAAGAAUCUCUCAAAAAGAUCGAUGCGAUUGUUUCCUCGAAAUAUAGAGGUCUAGAUGCAACUGUUCUUGCCACGGACCACCCAGCGGCCUUUGAACUUGCCGCCGCAAUCACGCGAAAGCAUGGAACAAUGGUACUACUAGGACAACCAGAAAAGGGCAUCACUAUGUCUUAUCAUAAUAUUAUAUACAAAGAUAUUAAGCUCGUUGGCUCUUUAGUUGCAGAUACGGCUGAAGCCCAAGAGCUAUUGAACUUGUUUCAUCAGAACCAAUUGCACGUGGAGGUCAAGGAAUGGAAGCUCGAGGAGGCCGAACAGAUGCGACAGCAAUAUCUAGCUGGGAUAGGUACAGGGAAGAAUGUUAUUGUGCUGGAAUAA